UGUACACGUUCUUCUGGACAUUAUAUCGAAUAAAAUUCACACUAGGAGUUUAUGCAAUGUCUCCCCCGUCGCCUGCAAUGUCGGAAAGUAGGGCAGAACUGCGAAAGAGUAACAAGCCACUGAUGGAAAAGAGGCGGCGUGCCCGGAUCAAUGCAAGCCUCACACAGUUGAAGGGCUUGGUGCUAGAGGCUAUGAAGAAAGAUACCUCCAGAUAUUCCAAGCUAGAGAAGGCAGACAUCCUUGAUAUGACAGUCAAACAUCUUAAAGCGAUGCACAGGCAGCAGAUGUCAGUUGCCAUGGCGAACGACCCGUCAGUGGUGAGCAAGUACCGUGCCGGUUUCAACGAGUGCGCCAAGGAAGUGACCAGAUAUCUCAACACCAUCUCGGGCGUCGAACCAGAAGUCCGGGCACAUCUUCUCGGUCACCUCGCCAACUGCCUCCAGGGGCAGAGCGUCCACCAGCAGCAGUCGAUGACCCACCAGUCCAUGCAGCCUCUCCGGAUACAGAUCCCACCUGUCUCGAUGGGGCAACAGCAGCAACCGAGAGAACUUCUACAGCCUGCAACCGCUGUGAGUUCGCCGUCGACUUUCCUCGUUCCGUCACCGGAUUUAUCUAAAAUAGGCACGGUCCAGCUGAUCCCUGGCGCGCUACCUAGCGGAGAAGUGGCGUACUUUGUUCCACAGGGUCAAGGCCACACGAACAUUUCCCAAGGUCAAGGUCAGAUUCCCAUGGCGCAUUCAGGUGUAACCCCCGUUUCUCUUGCGUCUUCAUCUUACGUAAGACAGGCUCAUCUCGUGCGGACGCCACUAACCGGAUCCGAAGCUCCUUCGACAAGUUCUUCCCCGGACUCACUACGCAGCAGCCCGCCAAAUCUCGCCACAGAUAUUCACGGAAGUCCCAUCAAUACUAUGAGAUACCCACAGUACGCCUCUGCAAGCUUAGGACAUUCUCGAGCAACUUUCAAACCGAUAUCGGAUAUUGCAGUGAAACAGGAGGAUCCAGUAUGGCGGCCUUGGUAACCAUGGCAACUAUUUGAUGCGUUACCAUGGCGACGUAUACUUCCUGUGAUAGCAAAGACUCAGUGAUAUUGAAUGGACGUUUGUGUGCUUCCUGUAAAUAAUUGAAGAUUGAGACAGUUUUUGGUCUGAAACUUAUGGGCAUUUAAUUUGGAUGACCCCGAUUCGGGGUGAAGUACGAGAGUUUACUUCAAGAAUUGCAUUUAUUUACCAUCCAUUCGAUUUUAUACUGACACACGUUGCAUGCAAGAAUGCAUUUAAUUGUAAAUACCUGUAUGUCUGUCUUAGAGGGAGUAUUCUCAGCUAAAUUGAAAUUGAACUUUCCUCAAAAUAUGCGAGGACAUUGGUGCUAGCUAAUUAGGCCCGGUGUAGAAGUUGGAAAUGUCCUAGAUUUGAAUGUCCGGGGGAUAUUUUCUUCUUCUACCCCGGCCUUUCAUUCUGGAGUGCUUUAUACUACGUUCAAAGGCCUAUACGCCGUUCGUGUACAUUGUUUUUUAUGGCCACAAGCAUUAGAAAUAAACACUGAUGAAAAUAUUACCUCAAUAUGUCGGAGGUGUACAUGUACACGACAACACUGUUUAUAUCAAUAUUCAGUGAAUAUUUACAUAAAUGAUAGACUUAGAAUUUGAUUGCAAAUUCCGAAUGUCAAAUUUUGAACGAACGGCGCAGGUCUUUGAAUAAUACUUUUCUACCGAUUUAAAGUGAGCGAGCACAGUGUGUUUACACAUGGUAGGUGUCAUCCUGAGAUUAAGGUUUUGGCUGCUCCUACGUCAUAAUACGAAAGGAAAUAUCGAGAGGCGGAGUACAAUGUAUAUUGAAAACCACUGGCGACGGGAUAACUGAGUGUUUGCGAUAUACAUUGUAUGUGUUCAUUUAUGCCAUCUUGACGUCAGUAUAAUCAGGAGUGCCCUCGGAUAUGUCGCUGUCUAAUAGGACUAUGCAUUUGAUGUUAUUUUGUGUUCAGGGCUGUACAAUUCUUUUUCUCCUCAGUUAGAAGAAACCAUACUUUAGUAUAUUGUUGAUUUAUCUUGAUAAGUGGUAUUUUAGGCAAAGUUACUUAAUUCAAUUGUUAAGGUCUCCGAACUACAUAAAUUUUUUUUCAGGCACUGCAUUUAUACUGUCACAGGCAUUUACGGCAGACUGUGUUCGAAAGCGGUUUGAAAAACUGUCGCAAAUAUGAGAAAUAAUCAUGCUUUAACUUGAUGCAGAACCGAAUUGUUUCCAUCUCAUAGUCGCUAUCAAAUGGUAGCUUGGUAUACUGCUAGGACAGUGGAGCCACAGUGUGGAAUGAGGAGAGAUUAUAUGGCGUGACUUUCUACAGAUGAUGAAAGCCAGUCUGAACCAAGGUGAUGCGUGUUGGUACAUACAUGUAGUUAAACAAAGAAAUAUUUUUAUAUGAA